AUGGCAAAUGAUACUCGAUCUACUCGCAAAAGUAAGGAAGAUGAGAGCAGUAGUUCAGGGAAAAGGUUCGUCAGUGGAAAAGGAUGCUCUACUUCGGCCUUUGGAGCAACUAAUACCCCUGGUUUAAGAAGAUCAUCCAGGGAAACAUCAUCGAGGAAACAAAUCACCUCAAGCCCAUCAAGUACGCGGAAGUCUGAGAGACUCGAGAAGCGGACGCCAACCACGCCCCCAGUUAAAAAGAAAUUUGAGAGAAUUCAGAAACAUAAGAUGCCAAGUCCUUUGAAAAGGUCGGACAGGGGUAAGAAAAACAUUUCAUCAAGUUCUUCAGGGUCAAAGAAGUCUGAUAUAAGAUCGGUUUCAUCAGGCAUUAAGCAAAAGGAAAAAAGGGAGACGAAUGUUAAAAAAUUGACAAUGGAAGCUAGGAAAGUUAACAAGAGUGAGAAACAUGAUUUGAAACCUGUCGAUAGGAAAAGAAAGAGGAUGGAUGCUCGUACUUACAAGUCUUUAUUUAAGCUACAGAAAAGGGAUAUUACAGCAGAUGUUGAUGAGGAGCUGGAAAGGCCGGACAAGUUGUCUCAAGUUGAUGGCGGCGAUGACAGAAGUAGUGGUUCCAAGCAAGUGGACGAUGGGGAUGAUGAGUGCAGUGGAAAAUUGGAAGAAAAAUUGAGAGAAGAAUGUGUUGAUAUAGCAUCCGAAGGAUCUCAUGCAGAAAAUAACGGAAAUCAUGUUGAAGUAGAAUUGCCAUACUCGAGCAGGACGCAUAGUUGUACAGAGGAACUUUAUAAGCCUUCUGAUGAAGAGGGUAUCAAAGCCUCCAAGAGUGGUGCCAUGGUUACAGAAACUCUAGUUGCUGUGAAAAGGGUAGUGGUAAACGAUGGUGAUGUUGAUUUGGGAAGUGGCAGUUUAGCCAUACCAUCUAAAACAAAGAAAUAUACAACGGAUGAGGAUUUUAAUCCUUCUGCAACGGUUGCCUGUAAAGAUAUAUGCAUUUCUGCAUCAGAGGCUGUUUCUUCUCCAUCAUCUGUGUCCAAAAAGAUUGUUGAAUUGUGCGUUGCAUGUUCUACACGGCGAAGGUACUAA